AUGCUCUCUACGUCUAGGCGCGCCGCUCUGGGCGCUCUCCGCGCGCGAUCAGUCACAGUUCCAUCCCUCUCCAGAGGUCAACAGCUUGCAUUGCUGUCCACCUCUCCAGUCAACUCAGCGACGGCACUCGAGCGUCAGGCGCAGUCCGGUCAGCCUUUGACUGCAUCUGGAAAGGUGCGGAAGGAGGUGCCCUUGCCGAGCCAGGAAAAGAAAGAGGGUGCAAUGCAAUAUGUUCUUACCACACUUGACCAAGUCGCCAACUGGGCCCGCCAGAGCUCCUUGUGGCCGAUGACCUUCGGUCUCGCCUGUUGUGCUGUUGAGAUGAUGCAUCUGUCGACACCUAGAUACGACCAAGAUCGCCUAGGAAUUAUUUUUAGAGCUUCACCUCGCCAGUCGGAUGUGAUGAUCGUGGCUGGUACAUUGACCAACAAAAUGGCACCAGCCCUUCGACAAGUUUACGAUCAGAUGCCUGAUCCACGCUGGGUCAUCAGCAUGGGAAGUUGUGCAAAUGGUGGCGGCUACUAUCAUUACAGCUACUCAGUCGUACGAGGAUGUGAUAGGAUUGUUCCUGUCGAUGUUUAUGUCCCUGGAUGUCCACCCACAUCCGAGGCAUUGAUGUAUGGAAUAUUCCAGCUCCAGAAGAAGAUGAGACACACAAGAAUAACACGCAUGUGGUACCGCCGUUAA